AUGGACUCUGGUCCUGCCCUCGAUGUUGACAGUCAUCCUGAACAACUCACAUCGUCAGCUAAACAAACGCGUGGCUGUAAGAUCACACCCCAACAGAUCCCCAAUCUCCAAGGACUCCCGGUCAUUGUCUCGGAAAUUGCCUUGUCAUACAGCCCUCAUCGCAAGCAAGUAAACAACGACGACGUUGUGGCGCUUCUGGCCCACAUUUUCUCCAAGCUGGAACUUUCAUCCAUUCCUGUAUACGAAGGCCAGACAAACCGGCCGGGAACUGGUGAUGGCUCUGGAUCGAGCGACACACGUUUCACGGGACCACGCGGCAGACUGGUAGUCGACAGGACUGCCCGCGACUACGGAUUCGGGGCUCCCCAGUGUGGCCACCAGAAGCAGAUCAGUAAACGACCGGGCGGCGACGACGGAUCUUCCCCUCCCAACAAACUUCCUAUGGCGGACGAAGAGGACAGCGUCAAGUUGUUCUUGUGUCCUUUCUACGUCAGAAACAGGCAUCCUCUCCACGAAUGCUCCAAGCGCAGGUUCAGACGAACCUCGGACGUUCGACAACACAUUCUUCGAGUGCACAUCCAGGCACCCCCCUGCCCGUCCUGUGGCGAGACAUUUGACAACGACCCGUCUCUCGAGCGUCUGCAUAGGCACAUCGCUGCGAGAACAUGCCAAAUUCAGUCGUUUAGCAUAACUGGAAUCACUGCGGAACAAUUUCAAACCAUCACAGAGAUUGCCAACCAGAGACACCGUCAUCGCUCUAACGCUGUUGAGCGGUGGAUGAUGAUGUGGCGCGUGAUUUACCCCGGCGUUGACGACCCGGAGUCGCCUUAUGCUUCAGGGGAAACAGAUUUGGUCCAGGGAAUGCUUGACGUACGUGCCGCUAUCGAGAAUGAUCAAUCGCGGGAAUUGUCGUCCGGCACGUCCGCGACAAAUUUUGGACCGUAUGAAUGGUCCAUAAUCGACCAUUUCAUCAGUGUUGCCAGGCCGGUCCAGCAUGGCCACAGUCGUGCCACUACCCUCGCCGGUUCUUCGCAAACACCGUCUGGGGACCCUGCUCCACUUCAUGCUGCUCAAGGGCCUAGCAACCCUGCACCACCAUCAAGCUCCAUCCAGCCUCCGACAAACCAGGCAGGUGGUCAGGGGUUGGCUGCAAAUCCACUUGCCCAAGGCUAUGCCCCGCCUCUGGUACAAUCAUCGGAAUCACAGGACCCAGGCUGGACUGGCAUCUAUCAGCCCGAGUUUGGCGAAGGGUCAAGCCAGCCCUUGGUGAACCAAGAGCUUUCCUGGGACGAUUUCCUUGGAUCGUCCGAGCAGUAUACAUGGGGCUCAUAUCGUCCAAACUGA